UUGGAGCUGUGCGCCCUCGCGCGCCGCUCAUUGCGCAUGUGCGUUGCCAGGGGUAGCGCGGGUAGCCGACUUGGCUCGCCGAGGGGAACCCGUGGCUGAGGCGGGGAGGAGGGGCUCGAGGCGUGAGGGAAACCGCGAUGAGGGCCGUGCUGACGUGGAGAGAUAAAGUCGAGCAGUGUAUAUAUGACCUCGCCUUUAAGCCUGAUGGAACUCAACUGAUUUUGGCUGCAGGAAACAGAUUACUGGUGUAUGACACUUCCGACGGUACCUUACUUCAGCCGCUCAAGGGACAUAAAGACACCGUGUACUGUGUGGCAUAUGCAAAAGAUGGCAAGCGCUUUGCUUCUGGAUCAGCUGAUAAAAGUGUUAUAAUCUGGACAUCAAAGCUCGAAGGCAUCCUCAAGUACACGCACAAUGAUUCCAUACAGAGCGUCUCCUACAACCCUGUGACCCACCAGCUGGCCUCUUGUUCCUCCAGUGACUUUGGGUUGUGGUCUCCCGAACAGAAAUCUGUCCCCAAAUACAAAUCAAGCAGCAAGAUCACCUGCUGCGGCUGGACGAAUGACGGUCAGUACCUGGCUCUGGGGAUGUUCAACGGGGUCAUCAGCAUACGGAACAAAAAUGGGGAGGAGAAAGUGAAGAUCGAGCGGCCGGGGGGCUCUCUCUCCCCGAUAUGGUCCAUCUGCUGGAGCCCUUCCAGAGAGGAUCAUAAUGACGUCCUGGCUGUGGCUGACUGGGGACAGAAACUUUCCUUCUACCAACUGAGUGGAAAACAGAUUAUGAGGGAACGGUCGCUGAACUUUGACCCUUGCUGUGUCAGCUACUUUACUAAAGGGGAGUACAUUUUGCUUGGGGGAUCGGACAAGCAAGUAUCUCUUUUCACCAAGGAUGGAGUGCGACUUGGAACUGUUGGGGAGCAAAACUCCUGGGUGUGGACAUGCAAAGUGAAACCUGACUCCAACUAUGUGGUAGUGGGCUGCCAGGACGGCACUAUUUCCUUCUAUCAGCUCAUCUUCAGCACGGUUCACGGGCUCUACAAGGACCGUUAUGCCUAUCGGGACAGCAUGACUGAUGUCAUUGUGCAGCACCUGAUCACAGAGCAGAAAGUUCGUAUUAAAUGCAAAGAGCUUGUCAAGAAAAUUGCCAUCUAUAAAAAUCGAUUAGCUAUCCAGCUGCCAGAGAAAAUCCUCAUCUAUGAGCUGUGUUCCAGUGACUCGUCAGACAUGCAUUACCGGGUGAAAGAGAAGAUGGUCAAGAAGUUUGAAUGCAACCUGUUGGUAGUGUGUUCCAAUCACAUCAUCCUGUGCCAGGAGAAACGGCUGCAGUGCCUGUCAUUCAGCGGAGUGAAGGAACGGGAAUGGCAGAUGGAGUCUCUCAUUCGGUACAUCAAGGUGAUUGGUGGCCCCCCUGGAAGGGAAGGUCUGUUAGUGGGCCUGAAGAAUGGACAGAUCUUGAAGAUCUUUGUGGACAAUCUCUUUGCCAUCGUCUUGCUGAAGCAGGCCACGGCCGUACGCUGCCUGGACAUGAGUGCCUCCCGAAACAAGCUGGCUGUGGUGGACGAAAACGACACGUGCCUGGUCUAUGACAUCCACACCAAGGAGCUGCUUUUCCAGGAAUCCAAUGCCAACAGUGUGGCCUGGAACACCCAGUGUGAGGACAUGCUGUGCUUCUCGGGGGGAGGCUACCUCAACAUCAAAGCCAGCACCUUCCCCGUGCACCAGCAAAAGCUGCAGGGCUUCGUGGUGGGCUACAAUGGCUCCAAGAUCUUCUGCCUCCACGUCUUCUCCAUGUCUGCAGUAGAAGUGCCACAGUCUGCUCCCAUGUACCAGUACCUGGAUAGGAAAAUGUUCAAAGAAGCCUACCAGAUUGCCUGUUUGGGGGUCACUGACACUGACUGGCGUGAGCUGGCCAUGGAAGCUCUCGAAGGAUUAGAAUUUGAAACUGCAAAGAAGGCCUUCACCAGAGUCCAAGACCUGCGGUACUUAGAGCUCAUCAACAGCAUUGAGGAGAGGAAGAAGCGGGGAGAGACCAACAAUGACCUGUUUCUGGCAGAUGUGUUUUCCUACCAAGGGAAGUUCCACGAGGCCGCCAAACUGUACAAGAGGAGUGGGCAUGAGAACCUCGCCCUUGACAUGUACACCGACCUGCGCAUGUUUGAGUAUGCCAAGGAUUUCCUUGGAUCUGGAGACCCCAAAGAAACAAAGAUGCUAAUCACCAAGCAAGCUGACUGGGCCAGAAAUAUCAACGAGCCCAAAGCUGCUGUGGAGAUGUACAUCUCUGCGGGGGAGCACGUCAAGGCCAUUGAGCUGAGCGGCGACCACGGCUGGGUUGACAUGUUGAUUGACAUCGCGCGGAAGCUAGACAAGGCUGAGCGUGAGCCCCUGCUCAUGUGUGCUCACUACUUCAAGAAGCUGGAUAACCCUGGCUAUGCUGCUGAGACCUACCUGAAGAUGGGUGACUUGAAGUCUCUGGUGCAGCUGCAUGUGGAGACCCAGUGCUGGGACGAGGCCUUUGCUUUGAGCGAGAAACACCCUGAGUUUAAGGAUGACAUCUAUGUGCCUUAUGCUCGUUGGCUGGCAGAGAACGAUCGUUUUGAGGAAGCCCAGAAAGCGUUCCACAAGGCCGGGCGGCAGAGGGAAGCGGUCAAGGUACUGGAGCAGCUCACACACAACGCUGUGGUGGAGAGCAGGUUUAAUGACGCCGCCUAUUAUUACUGGAUGCUGUCCAUGCAGUGCCUCGAGAUAGCUCAAGCAGAUCCCGCCCAGCAGGACUUGAUGGUUGGCAAAUUCCACCACUUCCAGCACUUGGCUGAGCUAUACCACGGCUACCACGCCAUUCAGCGAUACACGGAGGAGCCAUUCAGUUUCCAUCUUCCCGAAACCCUAUUCAACAUCUCCAGGUUCCUGCUGCACAGCCUGACCAAGGACACUCCCCUGGGCAUCUCUAAAGUGAAUACACUCUUCACCCUGGCCAAGCAGAGCAAGGCAUUGGGUGCCUACAAGCUGGCCCGGCAUGCCUACGACAAGCUACAGGGCCUGAAGGUCCCUGCCAGGUUCCAGAAGUCCAUCGAGCUGGGCAGCCUGACCAUCCGGUCUAAGCCGUUCCAUGACAGUGAGGAGCUGGUGCCCUUGUGCUACCGUUGUUCCACCAACAACCCCCUGCUCAACAACCUGGGCACUGUCUGCAUCAAUUGCCGCCAGCCCUUCGUCUUCUCUGCCUCUUCCUAUGAGGUGCUGCACCUGGUUGAGUUCUACCUGGAGGAGGGCAUCACUGAUGAAGAAGCUGUCUCACUCAUUGACCUGGAGGCGCCGAGACACAAGCGGGAGAGCAAAUGGCAGGAGACCACAGGCAGCAAUUCCCAGACGCUGAGGCUGGAGGAGACCCAGGAAUCCAUGGGAGACGACGACCCGUUUACGGCGAAACUGAGUUUUGAGCAAGGUGGCUCAGAGUUCGUGCCCAUCGUGGUGAGCCGGUCAGUGCUACGCUCCAUGAGCCGCCGGGACGUCCUCAUCAAGCGCUGGCCUCCGCCCCUGCAGUGGCAGUACUUCCGCUCGCUGCUGCCUGAUGCCCCCAUCACCAUGUGUCCCUCCUGCUUCCAGAUGUUCCAUUCGGAGGACUACGAGCUGCUGGUGCUUCAACACACCUGCUGCCCCUACUGCCGGAGGCGCAUUGAUGACGCGGGCCCCUGACCGUGCGCUGUGCCCUCAGGCCGGCGGCUG